UACAAGGGAUGUUCCAACUCCUUUCUGUUAAAGUUGAAAGGUCAUCGUUUCAUUUCCGCAAGCCAGAGGCAAUCAUGACAACGCUGAGAGCUUUUACAUGCGACGAUCUCUUUAUAUUUAAUAACAUCAAUCUGGAUCCGCUCACAGAAACAUAUGGGAUCCCUUUUUACUUGCAGUAUCUCGCUCACUGGCCUGAGUACUUUAUUGUAGCAGAGGCACCAGGGGGAGAACUAAUGGGAUACAUAAUGGGUAAAGCUGAAGGAUCAGUGGCCCGUGAAGAAUGGCACGGGCAUGUCACAGCUCUCUCUGUAGCUCCCGAGUUCAGACGGCUUGGUCUGGCAGCUAAACUCAUGGAACUGCUGGAAGAGAUCUCAGAAAGGAAAGGAGGUUUUUUUGUGGAUCUUUUUGUGCGAGUUUCCAAUCAGGUAGCAGUGAACAUGUAUAAGCAGCUGGGAUACAGCGUGUACAGGACAGUGAUGGAGUACUAUUCAGCCAGCAACGGGGAGCCUGAUGAAGAUGCCUAUGAUAUGAGGAAAGCCCUAUCCAGGGACACGGAGAAGAAGUCGAUUAUACCGCUGCCGCACCCUGUGAGACCAGAAGACAUUGAUUAACUAUAGGCUGUGGUUCCCAGGCAGUCCAGUCCACAUUCGCAUGUCCCUGGAGCAGAUCAAUAAGUAGUGAUUAAAACACAACCAAUCAAGUUCAGUCGAUCUACCAAAGAAUGUGGUAGUUUUUAUGAAGUAAAGUUCAGAGAAGUCUAGCUCUUUGUACUGCUCUUUGUAGAAUCUGUGACUCAUCAUCUGUGCAGUGUUGCAGUAGCUUCAUAUUAGGCAAGUCUAAAAGGUUAGAACAAUAUAGACCAUCACUGUGAACUGCUUGAGCAUGUUUUAUAAAAGACAUCUAUUUAGGAUUGCUGUAGCAGUGGUGAAGACUACAUAUACUGUGGUUUGUGAUACUGUCAGAGAACUAUGGUUUUACUGUUGGGGGGCUAUUUAUUGUGCUUUUGUACAAAGAUUUCAAAUAUACUUUUUUUGACUUGUCCUAUGUAAAUCAGGUUUUGAUUAAAAAAAGAAAAUCUGUUUUGUACUA